UGGAGUUGUAACUGUUAUGUUAUCUACAUUGUGUGGACCCAAACCGCAUUCAGUUAUGUGUUAAAACCAAGGGGAUAUUAGAGUUAACUUUAAACGUAUACAUCAGAAAGACACGAGUGCGAUGGGAGGAGGAGACGGCGGUGACGACUCAGUACUUCACUUUGUAUUUGUACAUGGAGCCAGCCACGGUGCUUGGUGUUGGUAUAAACUCACCACUCUUCUUGACGCCGCCGGAUUCAAAGCCACCUCUGUCGACCUCACCGGAGCUGGCAUCAACCUCACCGACUCUAACACCGUCGUCGACUUCGAACACUAUAACCGUCCUCUCUUCUCUCUCCUGUCAGAUCUCCCUCCUCACCACAAGAUCAUACUCGUGGGACAUAGCAUCGGCGGAGGAAGUGUCACUGAAGCUCUAUGCAAGUUCACAGACAAAAUCUCCAUGGUCGUUUACCUCGCGGCUGACAUGGUUCAACCCGGAUCCACCUCUUCUCCUCAUGACUCAACCAUGGCUGUGGGAGAAGAAGACAUAUGGGAGUUCACAUACGGUGAAGGCGAUGAUAAGCCACCCACUGGCAUGCUCAUGAAGGAGGAGUUUAGACGCCAUUAUUACUAUAGCCAAAGCCCUCUUGAGGAUCCAACUUUGGCAUGUAAGCUAUUACGACCAGCUCCACUUAGGGCUUUGAACGGUGCUGAUAAGCUGGCUCCAAAUCCUGAAGCCGAGAAAGUUCCUCGAGUUUACAUCAAGACUGCUAAGGAUAACUUAUUUGACCCUCUGCGCCAAGACCGUGUGGUGGAGAAGUGGCCACCAUCUCAGUUGUAUAUCUUGGAGGAGA